AUAGGCAAUUGUGCCCCAGGUGUUUACACAUUGACAAACCAGAGCAGCUGCACCCAGCAGGCUUACAGAGAGAGAGAGAGAGACUCGUACGGGACCUGCUGCUUGUAAAGUAAAGCGACUCCUCUGAUUGGAUACCAGGCGUGCGCACUUUACGCGCGGCACUCCAGUGUGGAGGCUACGGGGGAGUGACACAAGGACAACAACAUGUGGACUGACUAAUCUGCCUGGAUCCAUAACAAGAGGAACUUAUCUGCACAUCCAUAAAUAUAAUAUACAGCCAUGCUGAUGUUCAGAAAAUCACAGCAUUAAGGAAUAUCUAGAAAAUCACCUACCAAAGCAUCCAUCGGACAUUGUUCAACUAACUCAUAAGUAAUUUUAGAGACAAAACAGCUCAGUAGUGCAUGUAGCCUAAAAUAACGAUUCAGGUAAUGAUUUUAGACACAUAGACAGCACAUAAUAAAUCACUGACUAUAUGAAAGAGCUAUAAAGACCAAGUGCAGCUGGACUACAUACAGAGUGCACACUGUAAAAGUGUCUUAGUUGAGGUCAUCCUCUCAAACAAUGAAGCGACUGAAACAAAGAUGUCUGCUGCUGCUGAAGCUCACUGCUGUACUGGCAUCACUAUGGAUGAUUUCCCUGCUCAGUCACCCCAAAAUAGGCUGGCACCCGACCUACAUUCUCAGGUACAGCUGGUUGGAGUAUGAAGAUGCUGAUGGCAGUCCAGAGAGCGUGUGCGACUGUUCAGCAAUCCUGCAGGGAGACAUGGAGGCCGUGGAGCAGGCCAAGUUACUGACCAUCACGAAAGACUUCAAGAAGAGUGUUCAGAUCCCCGAUGAGUAUUAUAUCCAUGCAACCAAAGACUGCGGGAAUUUCAAGUCAAGCAGGAAAUACCUGACUUUUCCGUUAAGCCAGGAAGAAGAGGAAUUCCCUUUGGCUUACUCCAUGGUUGUGCAUCAUAAGGUGCAGAACUUUGAGCGACUGCUGCGAGCCAUCUACGCCCCUCAAAAUAUCUACUGCGUCCACAUGGACAAUAAAUCAGAGCCUUCGGUUGUCUCUGCCAUCAGAGGCAUUACUUCCUGCUUCCCCAAUGUCUUCAUGGUCAGCGAGGCUGUGAGUGUAGUCUAUGCUGCCUGGCCACGAGUGCAGGCUGAUCUCAACUGUAUGGCUGACCUCUAUAACGCCUCAACCAGAUGGAAGUACUUCAUCAACCUUUGUGGCCAAGAUUUCCCACUGAAAACCAACUUGGAGAUAGUACGGGCGCUGCGUUCACUGAAGGGCAGUAACAGCUUGGAGUCAGAAAAAAUGCCUCCAGAAAAGAAGUGGAGGGUGUCCAAUGCUCACCAGAUAGUUGAUGGGCAAAUCCAGGCAGCAGGAAGGGUGAAGAUGCCACCCCCCUUCAACCUGCCCAUUGUGUCAGGAAAUGCCUACAUUGUGGUUAACCGAGGCUACAUCCGAAGCGUACUGGAGGACAACCGAAUACAAGCACUGAUCGAGUGGGCCAAAGACACCUACAGUCCUGAUGAGUUCCUCUGGGCGACCAUUCAACGAAUGCCUGGUGUUCCUGGAUCACUGUGGCCCAACCCCAAAUAUGACAUGACAGACGUCAACGCAAUUGCACGGCUGGUGAAGUGGCAGUGGCAUGAGGGUCCACUGGGUUCACUGCAGGCUGUGUAUCCAGAAUGUCACGGCACACAUGUGCGGGCAAUUUGUGUGUAUGGUGCUGGAGACCUGCAGUGGAUGCUUAAUCAGCAUCACCUCUUUGCCAAUAAGUUUGACACAGACAUAGAUCCCAUUGCUAUCUACUGCUUGGAGAAGUAUCUGAGACAGAAGGCACUCGCUGAGUUACAUUAGGUGUGCUGGUUGUUUCUCUGGCAACAAAGAAUGACUCAAAGCCAAAUUUGACUGUCUUACAACUAUGAGAGCUAUUGGAACCAUCUUUUGCUACAGGUAAUUAAAAAACACGAUGUUUAUAUUUAAAA